AUGAUCGAGGCUGCUUGGGCUUUUCUCGUGGCGGUGGCAUCGGCGGCAUGGACGGCGGUGACGUGGGCAGGAUGGAUCGUGGCUGGGGCAGCAGUGCUGGCGGUGGCGUCGAUGGUGGGAGGCGCGGCACUGACGUGGAUCAUUCGCAAGACAAAGGGCUUUGGGCUGGUUGCCGAGGCACCGGUUUCUGAAUUGGCCAACGUGGGCAAGACGGCGCCGAUGGAGACAGCGCGUGGCGAGGGCGAUGAGUCGAUCUCGUUCCUCCCGGACGAGGUCAUCUCGCAGAGCUGGAUCUUCAAGCUCGCCAAGGCGCUCAACCUGCCAUUUGCGCGCUGGUUCUGGGGCCUCUCAGUGGAGGGUCUCUCCAAGGUCUCGCGCGACAAGCCAUACCUAUUUGUCGGCCUCCACACCUCGCACAACCACGACAUCCUCGCCUGCAUCUUCAUCGUGCAGGACGAGACCGGGCGGACGGCCCGCUCGCUCAUCCACCGCAAGCUCGCCACAUCGCAGCCGUGGAUCCGCUUUGUCGGCUCGGUCCCGGGCUACCGCGCCACCGCGGUCAACCUUCUCCGCGCAGGCUACUGGGUGGCUGUCAUUCCGGGCGGCGCCGACGAGGCCAUGGCCGGCUACGACGCCGCCUACACGGUUCAAUGGCCCGAGAGCCGCAAGGGCUUUGCACGCGUCGCCGCUGCCGCAGGCGCAGACAUCGUUCCGGUCGUGACCUCCAACUCUGAGGAGAUGAAGUUUGUUCCGCUCUUCUGGCUCUGGUCCAAGCUCGGCGGCGGCGUCCUCUACCACAAGCUCCUUGCCAUUCCGGCCCUCAAGCAUCCGGUCCGCACUGUGGGAGUCAUUGCCUGGUUCAUCAGCGCAUGGAUCUCCAUCCCGCUCCCGGUCAAGGCAACCAUCCACGUCGGCGAGCCCAUCGUCCACGAUCCCGACCGAUCUGUCGACGACACGGUUGCCGUCACCAAGGACCAGCUCCGCGCCCUCAUCGCCACCCACCAGCCAGGCGGCCUCUCGUACUUGGCCGCCCUAAAGGCCCGGUGGUUUGGCGGCUCCAAGCCCAAGGCCGACCGAGGAGCUCUUCGCCCACUCGAGGAGGUUGUGGCUUCGCUCAAGACCAACAUUGAGCAUGGACUCUCGUCAUCUCAGGUUGCUCGCCGUGCUGCCGAGGCUGGGGCCAGCAGUGUCACGGGCUCGACCGUUGACGGCCAGAUCUCCGGCGGUGGCGCCUGUUGCCAAUGGAAGAACAGAAUUGUGGCCAGCGUGUUCAACUCGAUGCCGACCGUCCCCGGGCUCAUCCGCCAGCUCCCGCUCGCGUCUAUACUUGUGCUUCUUGCUACCAUCGCAUGGCUCUUGCUUGCAGAUGGCGGUGCCGAGUCCGCCAUCGCUCUCGCUGUUCUCCUCGCUCUCCACAUCCUGUUGAAGCUCGGGCGCAUCGGCUACGGGCUCGUACAGGCCCGCGGGGUGGAUGAAUUGCAAGUAACUGUUGUUGAUGGCCACGCUAUGACUUUUGCGACGCGCAACAGCAAACGCUGCGCCGUCGAGGUCAAGGACCUCGUGCCCGGCGACAUCAUCGCGCUCGAGCAAGGCACCUUCAUCCGAGCCGCAGUCCGGCUCGCCGGCGCAAGCCGCGAGUUCAAGGUCGACACAGGCUCUACCAUCAUCUGCCCCGAUCUCGGGACGAGCGUCUCUAAUGUGCUCCUUCCGGGCACCGCUGUUUUGGCCGGCGGUGGGACCGGGGUUGUCCUUGCCCACGGUGGCAAGGUGCCGGCGCAACUGCGGAUGCUGCUGGACGAGGGCAGCUAUGCGGCGUCGAGCAACGAUGGCGCGCCACAGUCGCGUCUCCCGCCCGGUACACACCGGCCUGUCAAGUCAUGGUUUGCACUUUGCGUCCUCAUAUGCUUUGUUGGCGUCGUUGUCGCCGCCAUCCGCGCAGCAGACGAGGCGUCAGCUGGAUCGAGCCGUGUCGCCGAGCUGGUGGCCAUCACGGUGGCUAUCGCGCUUGCCAUCAUCGCCUCGACCUCGUUUACCAUCUUGUGCGACAUUGGCUACGCGCGAACGGUCUUGACCUUCCUCAACCGCAAGAACAUGGUCGCCUGUCGCCAUCUCGAGCGUGAUACGCUUGGCUCACUGGCUUCGAUGACCACGCUUGUCAUGUCACACCGGCACCUCGGCGAGGAGGGCACCGACGUUACUGCCUUUGCUGUCGAUCUCGAGUUUGAACGUGCAGUGCGCGAUGAGCUGACUCGCCCGCGGCCAUCGGCUCAUGACCUGCUGACCCGUCUUGCAGCCGCUGACGAUACCGCUAGCUACUACUCCACCGAGCUCUUGGAUGGAUGCUCGACGAACUCGUCAUCAAGGGCCUACUCGGAGGAGCUGGCGGCGGCGGCAUCGGCAGAGGAAAAUGUGUUGUUUAGGCUCCUGGCCUCACUGGCAGGGAGUCACAUGAGCGACAUGGAUGUGGAGCCCGUCUCGUUGUCGUGGAUGCGCAGCGUCGAGCAGCGCACUGCGUUCGACGCCGGCGCGGUGGCGGCAGCUGCCCACCUACAGGCGACCGAUGCGUCGUUCUCCGGCUCGUAUUUGGCGGCUUUUCCCGACUUUGCCGUCGGCCCGUCGGCUGAAGUCUCGGCGUUGUUUGGCAAGCCAAAUCGCGGGACGUACCUGGUCCUGCUCGGAGCACCGGAUGCUGUCAUCAGACACACCAGCGCCGCUAGGCAGUCCGCUGGAACAGCAGCACGAGCCGCAGAGGCGAGUGGCCGCAAGGUUUGGGCUAUCGCUGUUGCCGCGGUGCCAAGUAGUGUUGCUAAGGACGGAUCAAUCGCAUCCUCCGAGCUCAGCCACACUCGAUUUGCGCUCGUCGGCUUUGUCGCGCUUGAUGGCUGGCACGUUGUCCCGCACGCCCGCAGCAGCAUCUGCGACAGCAUCCGCGACAUCCGCGAGGCUGGCGUUGACAUCGCUGUCUUUGGCUGGGAUGUUCCCGAGCGGCAGCUCCGCUCCGGGGCAAACGAAGUCGGGCUCGCCAAGCGCAACCUUGCCCACGGCAAUACGCGCGCUGGCCGUGAGCUCAUUUUGGGUCUCGAGUCCCGGGGCGAGACCGUCGGCUGCCUGGUGUUUGAUGGCGACGACGGCCGCGCCUUUGAUCGCGGCCAGCUGCUGAUGUCCAACAACCCAGAGAACUCGACUCACAUUGACUCUGUCUCGCUGACGCAGCCUGUGCUCGCAACGGUGGCACCGGCCAUUGUCCGAGCCCGUCUUUUCUACGUCUUCCUCGAUGUGGUUCUCCAGCACUGGCUCGCACUCCUCCCGUUUGUCCUUGCGCCUCUAGUCUUCUUUGGUGCCAGCGGCUCGCUCCUUCUCCUUCCAACUCCGGCGUACGUCGCUGGUCUACUUGUCUCGGGCAAUCUCAUCGCCCUCUCGACGUGGCUGGCUUCAACGGAUCUUGAAAGUGUUACCAACGUGUCGCGCGAGCUGAUGGGCUUUGGACGCACGGGAUGGGCUCGGAAGGUCGCGGCGUUUGCGGUAGGCUGCAUCCUCGCCGUCAUCACGACAUACUGGGCGGCGACCGAGGCCAAGGUGGCCGGAUGCACCGAUUGCCUCACCAGGUUUGACUCUGAGGCGGUCUGCCAUAGCUCGCUCGUCACGGUGACCGCAUCUGUGGCUGCCAUGUGCGGGCUUACGCUCGGCACCACGCUCGGAGGCACAACCCUGCUCUCCGCGCGCCCGCUCCCGGUUCGGGAGCUCGCUGCGCCGAUCGCCUCGAUGGCAGUCGUGGCUAUUUGCAGCGCAAUCGGCAGCCCGCUGGGCUUUUGUGUACCCAACCACAAGCGCGGCAGCGCAGUGGCUCGCAUCGUCGUCUUCAGCCUUGCUAUGUUCUUGGUCACCGGCAUUCUCGCCGUCGUUAACGUCGCCCUCCUCCGCCGAGGACUCGGCCUCGGCUCGAGCGCCGCCGCAAAGUAG